AUGAUCAUGGCAAAUUUUGUGUUCUUUAUAAUUUGUCUGCAAACCACCCCCAGGAGUGCCCGCUCGCAAGAUAUAAGAAUACAAUUUGGUAUAACUCCUAAAAUUGGGGAGAGAUGCAGUGAUAAAUUCAAGGAACUAUGUUUGAAAUCUCACGACCCAAAAAAGGGUCCGCUAAUAAGGAUAGAUUUAGAUUUCCCUUGGUGCAAGCUUAGCUGCAAUUUUGAGGAAAGUCAUGGCAAGUGGCAUGUUACGAGAAUGGAUCUUCCUGAUAAUCUGCCGUGCGAAUAUGGGCGGGUAUGCAAGAACGGAGCAUGCAUCCAGGACGUAUGCUAA